CGUUCAUCUCGUUCCCGAAGUCCUACACGUCGCAGAUAUGAAGCUGAGGCCUCUUACGGGAACCCAGCUUAUUCGAAAGCAAGUGCUUCCAGGAGUCGGAGGGAUAAUCGCGAGAGACCGCGGUCGUCACCCCCAAGACGCCGCCGAAGUCUUGAAUCCCGUUCGCCUAGACGCAGGCGUACCCCCCCGCCGCGAUCCCCUCCCAGGUCACAAAGGAGUCCUGCGCGCCACUCCCGCUCAAUGUCCCCUCGAUCUUCAGAACGCGAUAGUAGGAGAAAACUAGAGCCUGACUUCAGACCAUCAGGGCUACUCGCUGCUGCAACUAAAACCAUCAAGAAAGUGGAUGGCAGUUCAACAGUCCUCAAAUAUCACGAACCACCAGAGGCAAGGAAACCAAGCUCAGGAUGGCGACUGUACGUGUUCAAAGGAGAGCAAGAGUCAGAUGUUCUCCACAUUUCUCGCCAAAGCGCUUACCUUUUCGGGCGUGACCGUACAGUUGUCGACAUCCCAACCGAGCACCCAUCUUGUUCUAAGCAACAUGCCGUAAUCCAAUUCCGCCAGGUGGCGCAGAGGAACGAAUGGGGAGAAACAAAGAACACUGUAAGACCGUUUGUUAUUGACUUGGAGUCUACAAACGGGACCUACGUUAAUGGCUCUGAAAUUCCGACCUCUCGCUAUUAUGAGCUUAAGCAUCAAGAUCUCUUAAAAUUCGGUGAAUCUAGCCGGGAGUAUGUUCUUAUGAACGUUGACGAGGCAGGCUCAUAGGAUACAGUAACAUGCACUUAACUCGUAUUUUGCCACGCCAUUUGUUUUGAAUACUGUCUGCCAUAUCAAACUAAUAUUCUAGUAGUUACAUCUCACGCAAUGCAACACCGAAUGGACGUCCAACAAAGCACAGAAAGGAUAAUUGUAUGUCUAAAUCAAUCAC